GUGACGGAUCCGGUGCAUUUUGGGAAGCCAAGAUGGCGACUCCUAUGCACAGGCUGAUCGCUCGCAGGCAAGCGGAAGCUAAUAAACAGCAUGUUCGAUGUCAGAAAUGUUUAGAAUAUGGCCACUGGACCUAUGAGUGCACUGGGAAACGGAAGUAUCUACAUAGACCCUCAAGGACAGUGCAAUUAAAGAAGACUUUGAAAGAAAAGCAAAAUAAACUAGCAUUGCCACCGUGUGGACAAGGAAUUACAGAAAACAAGAUGAAGAAGAAAAGGCCUCAGAGUGUUAGUAGCAGCAGUAGCAGUACUUCUUCCACUGAUUCAUCUUCAGACAGUGAAACAUCAUCCAAUUCUUCCACAUCAGAGAGCAGCAGCAGUGAUGAUGAGAGUUCAUCAACCGACAGCUCCUCAUCUUCCUCAACAUCAUCAUCCAGUGAAACAUCAUCUUCUGAUUCAGAUUCUGACUCUAGUUCCAGUAGUAGUAUAAGCAGCUCUGAUGAAGAGCCACCAAAAAAGAGGAGGAAAUCGUGACAGUACUCCCUUUUGAGUUGUGGCAAUUUCAUACCAAUGUUUUUUUUUCCAUUCAAAACAGUAUAUUCCUUUUAAGGUAAUUUAAGCAAGAAACUAACUUCUCAUGCUCUGAAUCUGUAUAGACAAACUAUGGAUCAGAUAUGCAGUAGUAGGCUAAUAUUUGUUUGCAAAUUUGACCUGUUGUCCUUUUCCUUUGAAGUGUAUAUUUUCCUCUACAGUGUGCCACUGCAUUUCUAUACUCUGAAUUCGAGUAAAUAAGUGGGAGAACAUGCAAACACCAAAGUAGUCAAAGUACCCAGACUAUAAGAAAUAAACCCUGGGCUGUAGAAUAUAACUUUACAGCACAGGAAUGAGGCCACUUGGCCUAUUGCAUACUGUAGUAGCUCUGAAAAAGCUAUUCGCUUAGUCCUUUAUCCCUGGCCUUCCUAAUUUUUCUUCUAUUUUUCUUUUAAAUAUAGCUAUAGUUUGUCUUUCCACAAUUUUUUGUUAUUCCAUGUAAUAUCAAACGUAUGGAUGUAAAAAAAAAAAACACCAAAUCUCUCUAUUUGUUCCGUUAGUGGUGAACUUAAAAUUAUGCUGACUUGCUGGCCAGUGGAUUUUUCGUUAUCUUAUCAGAACUCCUCAUUUUGAAUAGAGCUAUUGUAUUUUCUCUUAACCUGGGCCUUGUAAUUCUUCCUAACUUAGGGUAAAGUGUUCACAGGAAGAUAAGACAACAGGAGUGUUUCACCUUCUACACUAUUAGUUCUUGAUAACUGCAUUUUCUGUGCUAUUUCUUUCCAAAGCUGUCACAAAAGUAUUCUUGUCCACAUAUGACUUGUCUCCCUUUUUAUGUUUUUUGUUUCAAACAGUAAGUGUAUCAAACUAAAUAGAGAUGAGAAACAAAAACAAAAUUA